CACGUCAGACGUUGUGACUGUUUGCAUUAAGUCAACGAAUAAACAGUUUUCAAGAGUUGCUUGUUGUUAUAUGUUAGUAGAUGCUAGUUACUGUAUGUUCACGUGUGUUAAGCCUCGUGGCUAAUUACGGUCUGUGUAGACUGAAUAUUUUAGUAUUUUAGUACUUUUCAGUUUAAUACAGCAGUCAUCAUGAGAGACAGACUCGAUCAACUCCUGGCAGUAUCAGUUUCCAAUGGGACUUUAGAGGCGCAUGAAAACACCCAAGCUCUUCCUUCUUCAGAAAACACAGACCAUGAUGACACUUCUCAGGACUCAAGCAGCACCAGCCCUGAUAUGGAGGCUAUCUUUGAUGAGGCACAGGAGGCUCGACGUGAGAUUCAGCUCAUCCGUCUGGAAGUGAAGCGUCUUAGGGAGCAAAACUCCCAUAUUGUUAGAGAGGUAAUGUGCUCUAAUACCUCAAAUUCAAGUGACUCUAAUGCAAUUGCUGCUGACAUCAAGACUCGCGGACAGGAAAUGGUUGCACACCUUCGCAAGAUGGAUUCCCAUGCCAAAGAGUUAGAGGAGAAGCACGGGGUUAAUUCACUUCUGGCAAGAAUCGCCCGAACGCAGUUUUCAAGCAUAAGCAACAGUUUCCGUGAUGCCAUGGUGGAGUACAAUGAUGCUGAGAUGAGCCACAGGGAGUCUUGCAAGGCGUACAUUCAGCGGCAGAUGGAGAUUGUGGGGCGAGAGGUCACAGGUGAACAGAUCGAGGAGAUGCUGGAGAGCGGUCAGUGGAACGUCUUCAGUGAGAACAUGGUUUCAGAAGGUAAAACGAUACGGUCUGCACUCAUCCAGAUUGAGAGCCGACAUACGGAACUUCUAGAGUUGGAGAGACGCAUACGGAGCCUUCAUGAAGUUUUUCUAGAUGUGGCCAUGCUUGUAGAAGAGCAGAGCUCAACGACAGACUGCAUUCAAACCAGUGUUCAAUCAACGCAGGUGGAGGUCAGGGAGGUCCUUGUGAAGCUUGAGAGAGCCAAGAGGCAUGAUAGAAAAAAUCCUUUAAAGAAAUUGUUCUUCUGGAGAAAAUGACGUGGACACAAAUGUAUCAAUUAUGGUUUCUGAUCUUAAUACUGUCCGUCUGGUUUUGGGGGAUCAGAGAGAAGGCUUUGCUUCACCUGUAGCCUGAGGUGUACUGGACCAACUCGCAAAGCAUGGCGUGUAUCUGUUUGCAUGUCAGUAUUUAUAUGUAUUUUAUAUAUACCAUUUUUAUUGUAUACUUUGUAUUCUAUAUUGUAUGAAUUGUAUACUGUACAUUGUAUAUUAUUAUUUGUAUAUUGUGUUGUGUGUAAUUAUGUGUAAAUUAGAUUAUUGUGUUGUGUAAAUCUGUUGUUUAUUGUAAAUUGGUAUAUGUCUCAUCACUGUCAUGACUACUAUGUUUCUUGGAACUGCACCCAAGACU